UCAACUUUUUUAGUGCCCCGCACCACCACUUUCACAGUCGGCCGAGUCGGGUGCAUGAGUUCAGUAUGAGGACAGUUGAGAAUGGCGGAGACCACGGCGCUUGAGGAACUGCACACCGAGCUUACCUGCCCCGUGUGUCUGGAACUCUUUCGGGAACCAGUUAUCCUCGAGUGCGGGCAUCAUUUCUGCCGUGUGUGCAUUAUUAAGUGCUGGGAGGCCAAGGCGGACGAGCUGCCGACCUGCCCGCAGUGCAGAAAGUCGUGCGCCCCUAAACUGCGUCCUAACUCGCUUUUGUGCAACGUAGUGGACAGUGUUAGGAGAGCACAGGCCGUGGAAUCAAAACCCGGCAUGUCCACGCGAGAAACCGAGGAUACGGAGGAAUGGAAGCCCGGUUCCAGCAUGAGCAGCGUGAGUUCCAUCGGUUACUACCCGCAGCGCACCGAGCCGGAUCUGUGUGAGGAGCAUGAGGAGCGGUUGAAGCUCUACUGCGAGGACGACCAGUUACCGAUCUGUCUGGUGUGUGGGAUGUCUCGAGACCACAAGACGCACAAUGUCAUCCCCAUCAACGAGGCGUUUGAGAACUAUAAGGAAAAGCUGUUUCUUGCUCUACAGAAGGUAGAACUACAGACAGAAGAGGCGUCUGUUUUUCAGAGCCAGACAAAUGACAAGAUCUUACUCAUCAAGGAGCGGGCAGCAGAGCAGGAGGGGCGGGCGAGCGCGGAGUUCGCCCGGCUGCGGGACUUCCUCCAGCGGGAGGAGGAGCAGGUGAAGGAGAGCCUGCGGCGGCACAAGGAGGAGACCCUCCACCAGCUGGAGCGAGACUUCACCCACGCCUCGGAGCAGAUCAGCCAGCUGGAGAGGACCGCCGACGAGCUGCGGGGCCGACUGAGAGAGGAGGAGAACCCUGCCCAGCUCAAGGGAAUCAAGGAUUUCAUUGGCGGAGCUGAGAGUUUAUUUCAGCGCCCUCCGGAGGUCAAGGCAGAACUACAACCAGGAGAGUUCCUGGGGCCACUACAGUACCGCACCUGGAGGAAAAUGAGCUCCAUCCUCCAGCCAGGUGUCACCGAUGUGACCCUUGACCCCGACACGGCCUACCCCAAGCUGUGGGUGUCCCCAGCAGGCAGCAGUGUGAUGGUGGGGGACAUCCAGCCCAACCUGCCCAACAACCCGGAGCGCUUCACCCGCUACAACAUUGUCCUGGGCGCCCACGCCCUCUCCUCGGGAUGCCACUACUGGGAGGUGGCUGUGGGCCGCAAGACAGCCUGGGGCCUGGGCGUGGCCUCCGCCUCGGUCAACAGGAAGGAGGAGAUCAGCCUGUGUCCGGAGGACGGCUUCUGGACGCUGGUUCUGGGGGAUGGGAGUGGCUACGAGGCGUGCACCAGCUCAGAAGACACCCCGCUCACCCCCGCCCGGCCCCCCGGUAGGGUGGGCGUGUACCUGGACUACGACCGAGGCGAGGUGGCGUUCUACGACGCGGGGGAUAUGAGUCAUCUGUUUACCUUCACGGGUGCUGCGUUCACAGAGCCUGUGUUCCCCUACUUUAACCCCUGGCCCAUCCUCAACGGACGCAACCGAGAGCCCCUCACCAUAGUAACCCCGCAGCUGUGAGACCCUCGCCAUGGCAACGGCCCUGCUGUGAGACCUUCGCAGUUACCCUGAAAACACUCGGAAGAGGCCUACAAAAUAGGCCUAGAACUAUCAAAAACCUACCCCAGCAUUGAAUGUAAAAACAUCCUGCUCUUAACAAAUACCUUUCAUCAAGAUGAAUGUUCAUUAUGUGCUAAAGAUUGUAUCUAACCACAAAAUAUUCUGCUCAUGUACUAAUAAUAUAACAUAAUAUAUCAGUGAUAUAGUCAAGCGGAGGAAUAACACUGCAGAGUCAUAAUAAAAUCGCUAGUACUGAUAGAUAUUUUACAUAUUGAAUGGUAUAUAAUGUUAUUACUACCCAUCCACUGUUGUCCUCAAGUCUGCCUGAGCUUUAGUCAUUCUUUCUGCACUCCAGUAGAGGGCGUCCUUACACUAGAGCAGCUGUACCUCCCAUGGGAUGUUCUCAUGCACAGCCGUGGCCAAAAGCAUUGGUAGCAACAUACAUUUUGUGUUUGCAAAGCCUGCUGGGCCUUGGUAUAAAAUGACUGCUAACAUAAUUUCAUUAAGUCAUAUCAUCAGCACAGGGGAAAGUGUGCACUAGUUCUAGCCAGGUGAAAUCACUCCAUCAUUCUGAUUGGAUUUUAAGAGCAUAUUGUCUGCUGUAAAAGAAUUGUUUGCCCCCAAAAAGCUUUAACAAAUAUGAAAUGUGCCUCAUUGUAUUCCAGUAUUCUAUAGAAACAUGUGAAAACAUUUUCUUCAAAUACUGAACCAGCAAAACACAACAUCUGUCAUUGCCCAAACGUAUGGCCCACUCUGUGACCACACAAGACAGCAUCCUGGCAAAAGGCCUAGUUGUGGCACAAGAGAGCAUGGUUUGCACAGACACAAAGGCGCUGUUCA